AGUGAAGAUCGGAAUUGUUCACAAGGGAAGAAGUUUGGAGUAACGUAACUAUGGAGAAUAUAGAAGAUACUGAACACAUGGAAGAGGCGUUUGAGUUUGAUGGUUGUCCUUAUUUAUUCGAACCCGAGUAUACAGACGAAGAACUAGCAUCACAAGAGUUGGAAAGAAGGAGACAGACAGAGGGGCAACUGGCAGAUGAAGCAUCUGCUUCAAGGACACGGAUUUCGGGCAACUGGUGGUGUUUGUGUGGGUGUUGUGACCCAAUGCCUACCGAGGAAGAAAGCCUGUGCUGUAAAGAGUGGGAUCUCAUACAGCCAGGUAACGAAAACUGUGUCACCUGUACAGAGGAAUUUCCUGCUCUUAUCCAAAAGGCAGUCCUGGACACUUUCUUCUUUGUUCCGAAAAUAAACUGGAAGAGACGUCCAAAACCAGAGGGACUAAAUGGGCAGCUAUCCAUAGACCAAUGCAGACUGGUGGCCUACCGUGUUGUGCUAGAAUGGGCACUAAAAGGAGAGCGCCUUGGGCGUGGCAGGAGAAGACCUUUACCUAGCUGUGUUGUAUCAGUGAUCAGAAGAAAGUAUCCCUCCCCCACUGGUACUUACAUUGGAUUCCAGGAGGCAGAGGAGAUAUUCUAAAUGUUUAGUCUGAAUUGUACAUUGUGUAUGUUC